AUGGUGUGGUUCCUCGCACCGACAAAAGUCUUGUGCAGCCAACAGUUGGCUUAUCUUUCAAAACACAUGCCCGCAGUCAGCAUGAGAGCGCUGACAGGGGAUGAUGGAGUCGACUGUUGGAGCAACCAAGCUAUAUGGAAUAGAGUCCUCCAGGGCAUGAAAGUGGUUAUCUCUACCCAUGCUGUACUUGCGGAUGCGCUCACACACGGUUUCAUACAACUGCCGCAGCUAGCGCUGAUAGUUUUCGAUGAGGCUCAUCAUUGCAUGAAGUCACAUCCAGGGAACCGCAUAAUGCGCGACUUCUAUCAUAAGGUCAAAGGGGAACAUGCGACCGUACCCAGCAUCCUUGGACUAACAGCCGCAGUUGAUGUAGCAAAGAUUGGCGGAACAAAAUUUGAAGCUAACGAUUUUCUAAGGCAGCUUGAACAGAAUCUAGAUGCGACUUGCCGAACCCCAUUGAUUCACCAGCAAGAACUGACUGCACAUGUUCCUCAACGGAGUUUUACUAAGAUUACUUACACCCAAAACUUCGAUGGCUCUGUAAAUCCACCUUUAUAUCUGCAUAAGCUUGAAAAGAUCGUCAAAACACUACAUGAGAACGGAGAGAGAGACCGCCACGCCAUUCCUAGCAGCCUCUCAAAGCUCCCUGCAAAAGCUCGUGCCAUUUGGUGUCAAUUAGGCACCUGGGCAUUACAAUACUACAUAAAUAUGAACCUUUCACAUUUUUCCAGCCACUUCGCCAUGAAUGAAAACUUCUCCUCGGAAAGACCGCCUGACCAAGAACUAACAGCUUUAAUGGCUCUUCUGAGAAGUGAGCUAGAAGGUCAUGUUGCCCAUUUGCAUGUACCUGGCAACAUCUCCGAUAAAGUUGAACGGCUCAUGUCCUUUUUGAAGGAGAAAUCCCGCCCAGACUUUUCGGGGAUCAUUUUCGUCCGGGAAAGGGUGACUGCCUAUGUCCUUUCAGCUCUGCUUAAUACACAUCCAUUGACUCAAAAUGGAUAUCGAUGCGCACCCUGUGUGAGCAGCACUGCUCACUCUGAGUCAUGGGCCAAGCAUGAUACUUUACCUUUCGAAAAACUUGAGACCCUAGUAUCACAGUUCCGCAGCGGCUUGACAAAUUUGAUCAUUGCUACCAGCGUUCUUGAGGAGGGUAUCGAUAUCCCAGCCUGUCAUCUUGUCAUUUCAUUUGACAGCCCAGACAACAUUAUAUCUUUCACCCAACGCCAGGGUCGAGCACGACAGUACGUUUCUGAAUUUGCUGCAAUGGAAGCAAAAGAAGCCGGAUCUACAUUUGUGACUUCAACACUGUGGAAUGAUCUUGAAAAGCAAUUGCAAAGUAUAUGCCUGGACUACGAGCGAUCUGCUCAGAUAGUAGAAGUGGGCGACGAGCACUCAGAAGAGAUUCUCCCACGGUUUAGGAUACAUACAGGGUUUGAAUCCUUUUGCUUGACUACCCCUGUGUGGCUAACGCUAACGAAAGCAAAUUUCCUUCGCAGGGCUUUGCUGACGAGUGAAAAUGCCAUACCUCACCUGUAUCAUUUUUGCACAACUUUACGGAGUGGAAGACCUGGCGAAAAUCAUCCAGCAUUCUCUUACGAGAAAAACGUAUCAGAACUUACUCGGUCAACGGUUUACAUGCCAAGUGGUAUAGACCGUUCUUUGAGAGUUGUGAAAGGUCACCACUGGUGGAAAACCGAGCGGGCAGCCCGUCAGGAUGCCGCAUUUCAAGCGGUCGUGGCCUUGCACAGACAGGGUCUCAUCAACGACCAUCUCCUGCCAUUGUUCUCCGAUAAUGCGGGUGUGGAAGCGGUUUAUGACAGUGAAGUUCUCUCACAGCUACCCACAUGUUCGAAUUUACACAAGUUUUGGAAGGAAAUCCCUGGACCCUGGAUGGAAAGAACCAUGUACAAAUGCCGCAUUGACUUUGUCGAGAAUGGGGAAAACCGGCCGGAAUUAUCAAUGGCGCUCUUUACGCCUGUCAAGCUCCCCCUGACUGCGGAUUUGAAUCUUUACUUGGACGCCAAGACAACCUUCACUACAAUUUUGCAGCCUCUGAACAUCGAAAUGGCACUUACCCCAUCCACAAGGGUCCUGCUAAAGAAGAUAACGACUCUAUUUAUCAAAUCAACACGCGUACGUCCUCUACAAGGCCACUACCCAGAGUUCCUCCCAUUUUUUACUCCAGAUCUUCCCAUGCAAGAGCUAGAGGAGUGGCUGCUUGUCAAUCAUGGAUCGUUUGUUAUACGUACUGGACAAACUAAAAUCCCGAUACUCUUUCCCUCCGGAUUGAUCCGCAGUCCCAGCCUUCACUUUGCUCCCCAUACUUUCGUGCGAUGGGUUCGGGACCCGGCCACAAAAGAGCUCUCCAUUAUAUGCCAAAAAUUUAGGAGAAGAAAAAACCUGCUCUGGCAAGCUUCGUCAUCCAGCGGACUGUCAUUUGAGUCAGGCGGCCCCAAAACGGCGUGUGUAGCUGCCACAGAUUGCAUCAUUGACUUCCUUCCUUGGGAGCUGAGUUUGGCUAGCCUCGCAAUUCCACAUAUUAUUCAGCUUCUGCAUCAAUACCUGAUGGCACAUGACUUACGGAUCAAGAUCUUCAACGAUCUUCCUAUGAUCAAUUCCAGCUUACUUAUGGAGGCUAUCACGACGCCUGCUUCUCAAUGGCCAAUUAAUUAUCAGCAGCUAGAGUUCUUCGGUGACUCUAUCCUCAAGCUUGUGGUUGUUAUGCAUGUGUUCUAUAAGUAUCCUCUGUGGCACGAAGGUUAUCUGUCAAAGUUCAAGGACCUGCUGGUCUCGAAUGAGAGAUUGACGCGGGCAGCCGUCCAUGCUCAUCUCGAAAGGUUUAUCUGCGCGGAUUUCGUCACGUGGAAACACCCCAUCUUUUCACCGAUCAUGGAUCAAGAUCAAACCCAGAAUAGGACACUUCCCAGAAAAGCUUUUGCUGAUGUCCUCGAAGCCCUGACGGCGGCUGCCUACGAAUGUGGUGGGAUUACGCUUUCCCAACAGCUUCUUGGCAUUUUUAUCCCGGAAAUUGCGGACAUCUCAAGCGCACCUCAGAGCGCGCAAAAGGACUAUGAUGCGUUCUCAGCUCACUUGAAUCAGAAGAUUGAUCUGUUGCUGGCAUUCAAGUUCAAGAACCGGGCUCUAAUCUGGGAAGCACUCACGCACCCAUCAUGGCAAAGAGACAGCUCAACCGGAUCCUAUCAGCGGCUCGAAUUUCUGGGAGACGCGGUUCUUGAUUUUCUGGUCUCCAAAAAUCUUUAUAAGCGGUGUCCAAAGCUGGCCGAAGGCCGAAUGUCGGAAUUGCGUGCAGCCCUGGUAAACGCAGACUUCUUGGCUUUCCUUUGUAUGGAACUCACCUUGCUCGAGCCAUGUUGUCACAGCUCAACUUCAAGGUCGGACCUGUCCGAACUGACGACCCAAACGAAAGUCAUUUCCUUAUGGACUUUCAUGCGCCAUGAUGCCCCAGACCUUAUCAAGAUCCAGGCUUUAUGCAACACGCGGUAUCAAUUACUGGGCGACAAGAUCAAAAGAAACUUGGUGAAUCAUGUCCCGUAUCCUUGGGCGAUGCUCGCUCAGUUGGGGCCAUCCAAGUUCUACUCAGAUCUUGUCGAGAGUACAAUCGGCGCAAUAUUUGUUGACAGUGGAGAGUGCUUGGAUACAUGCGAACGCUUUCUAGAAAGGCUUGGUUUGUUAGACUAUCUGGAGCGCUUCGUGGGGCAAGAGAAACACCUCGAACACCCGAUCAGCACACUGCAUCGGAUGUCUGGAACGCAAACCCCGGAUCUUCAGUCCCAAGAAAUGGACAAUGGGCUUCACAGAGCUUCUGUAUGGCUGAGAAGUGAGAGGAUUGCGUCAGUCGAAAACUGUUCCACCAAGAGCCAGGCUAUUGUGAUGGCUGCAGAUGCGGCCAUUAUCUUUCUUUCUAAUGCUUAA